AUGCGCUGGUUGCUCUUCCUGUUUACUUGCCUCAUCUUUCAAUUCGCGCUGAGCCUAUUUGGACUCGCACUCGUCAUCCCACAGACAGAGGAUGGCUUGGUAGCCCGUGGCGGGCGUGGAAAGGCUCCCACCAAGCUGAAGAAUCCUAGUAGUAAGACUCGAGAUACGGGACUCGGUAGCCCUAACUACUGGGAUGCCGACGGAAAGGGCAUCCAGUCUAAACCAACUAGCAAUCUGGGUACAGACGCAGAGAAAAAGACUAUGAUGAAAGGAAAGGAUGCCGACCAUGUCCUCGAAGGUCAAGUUGUCGAGAAGGCUCUUGAAGACCAAGGCAAGACAUUCCAGAGCCUUGAUCCCGAUACUAGAACAAAAGUCAACAAAAUAAUGAAUGACGAGGGAAAUAUUCAAUUCGUACCCCAGGGAAUCAAUCGAUCAAAGGGCCAGGUCUUCAAAAAAGCCCUUAGGCACAGGCAAUCUGUUAGGACCAAGGAUGCAAACCGGGACAAGUACAUCCAGGAAACGUUACCACAGGCCAAGGAUGUUGCCAAAAAGGUCGAUGGCGUAUUAAAGGAAGGAAACCAUAAAGGAAACGUGUUUCAAACCCUCAUGGGUGCGGCCAAGAGAAUUGGCCGUCGCAAGUAG